GGUCAUCGUAAACCGCAUCAGAUAAACGGCGAAAUCAAAAAGCAGAUUCUCUGGAAGAAGAAAGAUGCAGCCGACAGAGGCGUCGCAGCCGGCGACGGUGGAUCAGAGCCGUCGUCUUAGGGAUGAGUUAUCGGAGAGUAUGAGCUUCAGCAGCCAAAUGAAGAAGGAAGAUGAGGAGUUGUCGGUGAAAGCGUUGUCAGCGUUCAAGGCCAAAGAAGAUGAGAUCGAGAAAAAGAAGAUGGAGAUCAGAGAACGAGUUCUAGCUCAGCUCGGUCGUGUUGAAGGAGAGACCAAGCGUCUCGCUUUGAUCCGCGAGGAACUUGAAGGUUUUGCUGAUCCCAUGAGGAAGGAAGUCACUUUAGUCCGGAAAAAGAUUGAUUCUCUCGAUAAAGAAAUAAAGCCAUUGGGGCAUACAGUUCAGAAAAAGGAAACUGAGUACAAGGACGCGCUUGAAGCAUUCAAUGAAAAGAACAAGGAGAAGGUGGAGCUGAUCACCAAACUACAGGAGUUGGAGGGAGAAAGCGAGAAAAUGAGAUUCAAGAAGCUGGAAGAGCUAAGCAAGAACAUUGAUCAAACCAAAGCUUAGUGUUGGACGAGCAUAGUCACUGGGAUUGGGCUAUUUAAAGUUAUCAAAUAUAAGUGGUAAAAUCACGGUUAGAGUAUUUCCUUUGUUCUUCUGUCAUUCUAGUCAUAUAUAUAUAUAAAAUAAAAUAAAAAGUAACAAUGGUUUUGAACUAAAUGUUGCAAAGAAAAUGUGAUCCAAUUUACAAUGUCAAGACAUUAUCGAUGUGAUUCGCAAAUUUGUAAUAAUAAAUGUAAAGAUCUAUGUUUGUUCUUAGGCACUUUGGUGCAUGG